AUGUUUUUAUUUAUAAUUUUAUAUAUAUCUGCAGGAAAAGAUAGUUAUUAUUUAGGAUCCAUAAAACAUACACUUUAACCAAAUUAAACUUUUGAGCAUCAAUUCUUUGAUGUCAAUCAAAUUAAAUCCCUUGAUUUAUACUUUCCUGAUCCACCCUUUAGAAUAAUUAAUGAUGAAGAUAUGAAUUGUUAUUGGUCCAAUUAAGCAAUAGGACUUAAACCAGUUUAAACAAUAUAAAUGAACAUAAGCAAUUCAUUAGAUUCUGAUAUAGUUUGUUUUGAUGAAUGCUACAUUAGAUAAGGAUAAUUAAUUUUUACAACUAAAAAUUAAACAAUUGAUCUUCAAUAAUAAAAUUUAAAAUUAUUAGUAUUGCCUUCAGAAGGAUAAAUAAUCUAUUACAAUGAAAAAUUUGUUAGUGUUUUUGAUACUAUCAAUAUGAAAAUAAUAAAUGAAAAUAUGCCUAUUGAUUUUACAUUGAAAUUAAAAUAAAGUCUAAUGAGUUAAUAACAUAUGUCAACUAAAAUAAUUUAUUUAUGUUUAGAAAAUGGAGUAUUUGCUUAUAAUGAUGAAUAUUUUAUAAUAAAUUAAUAUGGGACUAGAUGUAAAUCAAUAAUAAUACAAGAUGAUAAUUUAUUUAUUGUAACAGAUGCAAUAGAAAUUUAUGAUAUAAAUGAUCCUUUUGAACCUAUUUAUUUAUAUUAAUUUAACAUAAGUGUUCAUUAUUUUGAUAUCUAUUAGGAUUAUAUGGCAGUUUUGGAAUUAUUAAAUGAAUAGAAAGGGAAAUUGAGUUUAUUUAAAUUUAAUUUUUAAUUUGGAUUAAAUGAAAUAGUUAAUAUUACAUAAGAAUCAGAAGGAACAAUACAAGUGGAUUCUUAAGAUAUUAGAUUUGGAUUGCUAAAUAAAGAUAUUGCUAUUAUAAUUAAUAAGGAGUAAAUUAAUUUGAUAACUUUAUAAACUAAUUUUCAUUAAAAAUAUAGACAUAAUAAUGGUUUGGGAUAAGCAUAACACUUUUUAGAUCCAGAAAAUAAAAUAUUUAUUAGAGAUUCACAAAUAAUUUAAGUCAGUAAUAAUAGUUUAAUAUUUUAUAAUACAACAAGUCAAAUUUAUAAUUUAGUAUGUAAUGCUCCUGUUGAGAAUAAAUUGAGGAAACAUCUAUUCUUUGGUAUAAUCAGAAGUGAAGAAAAAUGUAGAAAUACUAAAAAAGUAGAUGAAAGAUUCAAAGAACUUUUAUCUAGAGAAAAGACUGAUCCCAAAAUACAAUGUUAUUAUACUUUUUAAUUAAGUGUAAAUAUUAUACCAUUACAAACACAUUGGUCUUUACAAUCAAAAAUUCUCUUAUGUAUAUUCUUAUUUCUACUUAUCUUGCUUAUAUUUCAACAAUUUAAGAAUCAAUAAGAAAAACAAACUCUAAAUAAUUUGCAAAAGUUUGAAUAAUUAAAUAGAAUCAACCUCUAAAAAUAAAAAAUACGUAUUACUCAUGAUGAUGAAGAAUAAAAUAAUAAUAAAAUUGAUUUUUAUUGA